GCCCCGGCGGCCCGGGCGCGGAGGGGGAGAGACGGUCCCAAGAUGGCGGCGCUGCAGGCGGAGCGCGGGUACGGGCUGUCCUGCGGCCGCCUCGGCCGCGGCACCCGCGUCUCCGUCUUCCACGUCAAGCUCACGGAGAGCGCCCUGCGCGCCUUCGAGAGCUACCAGGCCUGUAAGGAUUCUGUGACCUCAAAACCAGUAAUCCAGUUUCAAGGAAGUCAAGGGCACAUCGCAAUUCCGAGGCCUGAUCGCCCCGCGGAAGCGCGGAAUUUCACGUUUUAUCUUUCCAAUAUCGGCAAGGACAGCCCGCAGGGCAGUUUUGACUGCAUCCAGCAGUAUGUGUCUAGCAACGGCAAUAUCCACUUGGAUUGCCUGGGAAGCAUACAGGAUAAGAUCACCGUGUGUGCUACUGACGAUUCCUACCAGAAGGCAAGGCAAAGCAUGGCACAGGCAGAGGAGGAGACUCGCAGCCGGAGCGCUAUAGUCAUUAAACCUGGGGGGAGAUACGUAGGCAAAAAGGUUCAGGUGCGUAAACCUGCACCAGGAGCUUCCGAUGCUGUUCCCUCCAGGAAGCGCCCAACGCCAGUCAACCUUGCCAGUGCAAUAAAGAGAGGCAAUAGUGCGAUUUCUCAGAGACCCUUCAAAGAUAGGGUUGUGCACUUACUGGCACUAAAGCCUUAUAAGAAACCUGAACUUAUUCUCAGAUUGCAGAAGGAUGGACUUUCUCAGCAGGACAAGGAUUUGCUGGACAACCUUCUGCAACAGGUGGCAAAUUUGAGUGCCAAGGACAGCACUUUCACACUGAAAGAUUGCGUAUACAAAGAAGUGCAGAAGGACUGGCCUGGCUACUCUGAGGGAGACCAGCAGCUGCUGAAGAGGAUACUUGUUCGGAAACUCUGUCAGCCACAGAACAGCAGUGGCUUUCAAGGAGAAGCGCCUUCCCUGAGCCCACCCAAGGACAACGUGAACUCCAGCUCUCCUCCUCAGAAACGAUCCCAGCCCCUGGAGUUUAUCGAUCCCCUGGCCAACAAGAAGCCCAGGAUCUCGCACCUGGCUCACAGGGCUCAGCCCGCCUUCAACGGGAAGCUGAACUCCUCCAACGGCAAGGACGCCCCCGCCGCGGCGCUGCCGCCGGCCCUCCCGGAGUCGGUGAGCUCCAGCUCCAGCCUGCCCGUGCUGGAGCUGCCCAGGCCUCACGACCCCCUCGCGGAUGUCAGCAACGACCUGACUCACAACGGCAGAGACUGUGAGACCGCGGAGCAGGCCGACAGGCUGACUCACCCCUUGCCGACAGACUGUCCCCAAACGAGCAAGCACAAUUGCAGCUCGUACGUCAAAAGCAAGAAAAAAUCCAAAAAGCACAAAGACAAGGAAAAGGAGAGGAAGGAGAAGAAGGGCGAAGAGAAGUGCAAAGAGGAGAAGCAGGACUGUGAAGUAAUAAAAAAUGCUGACUUAGUUAGUGUGCCACAGGAUGUCACAGGUUUAAAUGGAACAUGCAAUAAUUCUAGUGUACCAACAUCAACUUCGGAAAUGCCAGAUUAUUUAUUAAAAUACGCAGCCAUUUCCUCUUCGGAGCAGCGUCAGAGUUACAAAAACGACUUCAACGCGGAGUACAACGAGUACAGAGACCUGCACGCUCGGAUAGAGAGGAUAACCCGGCGGUUUACGCAGUUAGACUCCAAGCUGAAGCAACUUUUGCAGGGCUCUGAAGAAUACAAGACCAUCCAUGAUCAAAUAUUACAGGAAUACCGGAAAAUUAAAAAGACUAACCCCAAUUACAGCCAAGAGAAGAACCGCUGCGAAUACCUCCACAACAAACUGGCUCACAUUAAAAAACUGAUAGCAGAGUAUGACCAACAGCAGUUCUAGCUGGCGCUGAUCUGGACUGGCCUGUGAGAUUUGACUUCUUCCCGCUUCCGUUUAUCUCAAAGUAAAGGAUUACUUUCCCGGGGCGUCUCCUUCCCUUGGAGGUUGCACUGAAGAGUCUUUCACCCUUUGAAGGAGCGGAAUGGCAGAGUUGAGGAGGGAAAACAGUUCCUUUACAAGAAGCAGUUUAUUUUUCCACCCAAAAAAAGUGGGUCCAUCUGCUGUAUUUAAAAAAAAGAUAUCCAUUGUAUCCAAAAUAUCCAUUCUGGCUCGGUUGUUCUUGCUGUGUCGCCCGGACAGGGCCACCACUUGGCUUUGUCGUUUGCCACGUCCCGAGUUUCUGUCCCUGCCGCGUUGUCCGCAGACGUCCAGCGCUCGCCAGGAUUUUGCCGUCCCGUUCUCCAAAGGGAAGCCUCGGGCUCGAGGGAGCUGCCUGCGCUCACGGCGCCUCUCCGGCCGUGCUCCACGGACAGCCACUGGAAAGCCACGUGUUUCUGCUGGCCCGCAAAACCCAAACUGUUCUGAAGCAGAGCGGUAAAGGAGAGGGGGGACGAGAUGUGAUCCCCAAGGAUCAUGGGGUCUGUAGGGUGAGAGCCCUGCUAGGAAGUCCAGAGAAGGCUCCCGGGGCCAGGGCACGCUUCGGGCUUCUCUCUUCCUCUCUGAACAAAGAAGAUCGGCGGUUAGGGAGCUCUCUGUCUUGCUUGUGUAACGCUGCGCCUCCGGCACUUCCACCAGGGAGGGAAGGCUGGAAGAUGUGCGUGAAGGCGAGGAGCUUUUCUCCAGGAUUCUUUGUUCCUCCCAGCGGGGCAUCACACCUGGUGAGCGCCCGGGUUCCGUGAGCAGUGGCAAGAGGGAACAUCAGAUGGGCACCCACAUCCCUUGGAGCUUGAGCCUCGUGUAGGCUUUGACCUGAUUCCAGCAAGCUCCCCGUAGCAGCGAAUUCAUGCGCUGAGGAGGAUCCCAGAGGAGCAGCGGGGUCUGCGUUCCUGCCAGCAUCGCUGCCAGGGGGCAUCGGGACAGGCACUGCGGAGCGCGGAGCCUCGCUGUCCGGGGUCUGUGCGGGAUCCAUCGCUGCCAAGCCCACCAGGUGCCCGAUCCGCGAGCAGCAUCGCUGGCUGGAGCUCACAUUAAUCCAGCGGUGAUGGUGCUGAGCUCCACCGGAACGUGUGCCAUCGGGCAGCGCCUGCCCAUCGCGUCCCGGGCUCGCGGCAGGCAGCGGGGUUCGGUGGGACUGCGUCCACCUGGGACCGAGAGGCGAGUUGGGCGAGGGGCUAGAAACUCGACCGGCAGGAGAGGCAGCGGCUCCGUAACCAAGACGAGUCGGUUCUUCCACGGAAACACUUCUCGUUCUGACCCUUAAUAUUUUGAAUGGGGUUUUUUGCUUUUGGGGAUCGGGGGGUGGGGGAGUAGAGAUGGAUCUCAAUCUUUAUACAUCUGCUAUAAGAUAUUUUUGCAAACAGAGUUGUAUACAAAGAUGUAUUGUGUACAUUUACAUGUAUAUUCUGGAACUUCUAAAAAUUUGAAUAUAAAACUGAAAAUAUUUAAUGAAUAUCCAAACUGUGAGACCCAAUUAGCAUUCAACAACUUUCUGCUUCACUUUUCUUUUGGACUGUGUUAAAGAAUUGUAGUCGAAUCUGCCUUUUUUUUUCUUUUUAGAGAUUACGAAGCUAGGCAAAUUUUGUGCUUUUUGGGUUAAUAGAAACCAGUUCUAGGUGAUUAAGUAUGAUCUUAACUUAUUGAUACUGUGUUUUACUUUGUAAUAUUGUACUGUGGAUAAAACUAUAUUGAGCCAUGGAGUUGGAGUUUACAAAAGAGCUUUUCACUUUGCCAAAAUGUUACAAUUUAAAGGCAGCAUAGUCUUCAGCUUUCCUAAUCUUUUCUUAAGAGCUAGUGUCCUUUUUUGUACACUAAAAAGCUGAAUGCUGAUUUUGCAACAUAUAAUAAAUUCACUGUAUUGGAAAAC